GUGAGGGGGUUUGUAGGAGGCUACUUUCUAUCGAUUUCUUGAAUUUCGUGAAAGUGUGACUAGAUUAUGAAAUUAUUUGUUAAUCUAGGAUAAUCCUCCUUUUUUAUCUCGAGCUCGCCACAUUGGGAAAUGCGAGCUCGAGGUCAACCUCUACAAGAAUCCCAAAUAUCUCUUAGACAAGUCAUACCAUCCAGGGUAUAAAUUUUUCGGAUUUUUUUUGUUAUUUGAAGGACGAGAAUUUAAUAUGGAAUCAAAGAGGGCAGCCGUGAUUGGAUCUUGCAUCUUAGUCCUUGUAAUUGGUGUAAUAUGUGCAUUUGUCUAUGUCAAAACCCGGCCAAUACAUCAAAACGAAGAUGCAGCCAAAUCUUUGAAGGCAGUUGAAGUUUUCUGUGAACCCACAAGAUAUAAGGAAACCUGUGUGAGGAGCAUUUCUUCGGCAACUAACUCGACCAACGCGACCGAAUUGAUCAAUGUCGGUUUCCAGGUAACCAUGAAGGAAAUCAAGAUCGCCCAAGAGAAGUCUAUUGCCCUUCAAAAAGCAAUUGCGGAUCCUGCCACCACAGAUGCAUUCGAAACAUGCGUGUCGUAUUUGGAUAAAUCGGUGUAUGAUCUCGAGCGAUCUUUGGCGCGUAUGAAUUCGUUCGACAAGGAUGAUUUGCCGCUGCUGGUGGAUGAUGUCAAAACCUGGCUGACUGCAGCUGUAUCAUAUCAGCACACUUGUUUGGAUCUCUUAGAAAACACGGGCGAAAACGGCGAAAAAGCAGCCGAACAGAUGAGGCAGCUGAUGAAAGUAGGGAGUGAGCUAACAACUAAUACACUUAGAAUGGUUGAUCAAGUUACCGGUGUUGUAGAAGAUUUUUCAGGCUUAAACAGAAGACUUCUCGGCGAAAGCGAAAGCAACGAAUUAGACGAUUAUUGGAGAAGAAGACUCGAUCAAGUCGCGCGCACCACCCCUCAAAAUCUUAUUCCUAGCGCAACUGUGGAAUUGGAUCCCAAAACGAAAAAAUAUGUGAAUCUGACGAUCAAGGCAGCAUUAAUCCUUGCUAACAAAACAAGAGGGAGAAAUGUUCCAUUCAUCAUAUAUGUGAAGAAAGGCGAAUAUCAUGAAAAUAUUGAAGUAAGAGAUAAUAUGCGGAAUGUGAUGCUUAUCGGGGAUGGUCCAACCGAAACCAAGAUCAUCGGAAACAGGAAUAGAAAAUUUGAUAACAUCAACAUAGACAAGAGCGCAACAGUUAGUGUGGACACAGACCAUUUCAUAGCCAAGGACAUCGGAUUCGAGAACACAGCAGGCCCGGACGCAGAUGCAGCCGUGGCGAUCCGAGUGAACAGCGAUCGUUCCCUCUUCUAUAACUGCCAUAUAGAUGGAAACCAGGACACCCUCUACGCCCAAAAUUACCGUCAAUUCUACCGGGACUGCAGCAUAAGUGGCACCAUUGAUUUCAUCUUCGGUGACGCUCGAGCUGUGGUACAGAACUGCAAUUUGGUAAUCAGGAAGCCGGUUCAAGGACAAAGCUGCACAGUGGUAGGUCAAGGCCGAGUUGAACCCGAUCAAAAAUCCGCGACCGUCGUCCAAAACUGUCGAAUCGUGGCCGAUGCAAACUACCCUGUGAAGGACAAGAGUUACAAGACGUAUCUCGGCCGGCCCUGGAAACAAUAUUCCACGACCCUCAUCCUGGAUUCGUUUCUACCUGAUAUAAUCGACCCGGCAGGAUGGCUGGAAAUGGGUAAUGGAAAGGAUAAAUCAAACAUCAACACUUGCUCUCUCUAUGAGCUUGGAAAUUCUGGUCCUCGCAAGGGUCUGUCGGGGCGAGUCAAGUGGCCGGGCAUCAAGCGUAUUGAUGAUAAGGGUGUUGCUGAAAAUUUUCUUCCUUCAGUCUUCUUUAAGAGCAGAGUAAGGAGUGGUGAUAAAUGGAUUUAUGAUGCAAAGGUACCUUAUCAUGGUGGCAGGGAAAAAGCUCCAACCUCCUAAGAUUUCUCAUCUCAAACAGCAAUAAUAUUUUAGAGGGUACGAUUUGUCUGGAACACUGAGUUCGAAUCAGACAUCUUGGAGAAGAAUCUUAGCUAGUUUUUUUCGUUUUCUUUUUUUUUUUUUUUCCUUCUUGAUGUUCAUCAGGUUGUAAAUUAUACCCUGAAUUAUAUAAAUUCAAAAAUUUUUGCAAUAUUGAUUCUUGGCUCAGUGAUAUCCAUAGCUUUUCCAAUGAACCUUAGAAUCCGGGUUUAACGCUCGAGCACACCUACAGAAUUGCAACCUGAAGGUUAGGAAGCCACAAAUACCGCAAGAGUUCAUCGUGACGGCUCAAGGCCGGUUCGAGAAAGUUCAAUCUACCGGAACUGCAAAAUCAUACCCGAAGUGGAUGGCGAGAAGUCGCCGCCCUCGAUCGAGGCUUACCUUGGCCGGCCCUGGAAACAAUUUGCCAGGGUCGUCGUCCUGGAUUCAUUUCUCCACAAAAUAAUCGACCCUCGAGGAUGGUCUGGAUGGAACAACAAAGAUUACAACACUACUCGAUCCUUCAUUGAGCAUGGAAAUGGCGGCCCUGGCGCGGCCCGGCGACCCAAGUUCCCGGGCAUCAAGGACAAUAUUUCUGAUAUGGCUCCUGAGAGUUUUACGCUUCUAAAGUUCUUUAGGGGCAGAGACAAUCAUAGAUGGAUUAAGAAUUCAGGGGUGCCUUCUC